AAAACCAAGAAAAGGGCAAACCCUCCACCCCUUACACCUAAAAAUGGCUUUUUCUUCAUCAUCUUCUUCUCUAUUACUUCAUUUCAAGCUUUCUAUUCCUCAUACUAAAAACCCAUUUCAUAGAUUUUCUUCUAAUUCUUGUUUGGUACCCACAAAGAUUUUCCCAAAAUGUUGUUCUAUAAGCUCAAAGUCAUCAACUUUUUUCAAGUGUUAUUCUCAAAGACAGUCCACUGAACAAAAAACUGAAGAAAUUGAAGGAAAAAAUGGGUAUCAGGAACAAGUUUACGACUUUGAAAGACUUUUUUCUAACCUCAAUCAAGCUACUUUGAAGAGGGAACCAGGAAGUCUCAGCAGUGCCAUUUUUCUUGUUGCUGGUACCACUGUAGGUGCAGGUAUUCUUGCUAUUCCUGCAGUCACACAAGAAUCUGGAUUUCUAGCCUCUGCAGUAGUUUGCAUUAUAUGCUGGAUUUAUAUGGUGGCGUCUGGACUACUUAUUGCAGAAGUAAAUGUGAAGACGAUGUGUGAGCUUGGCUCAGGUGGUGUUUCAUUGGUGUCAAUGGUCAGGAGAACCCUAGGAAAUACAGGAGUGCAAGUAGCUUGCUGGUCCUACAUUUUCAUCCAUUACGCCCUUCUUGUUGCUUAUGUGGCUCGUUCUUCAGAUAUAUUGACAACCUUCACCGGGAUUCCAUUAUGGGAAACCGCGACCUUGUUUUCACUGCUUCUUGGAGGGAUUUGCUUCUCUGGAAGCCAGCGGACUAUCGGGGCGGUAAACGGUGUCCUUGUGUUUGGUAUCAUUGCCUCUUUCACAGCUCUUGUGGUUGUCGCCAGUGGAGACUUGCACUGGGAGGCUCUUCUAAAAGCUAAUUUUGAAGCUGCUCCUCAAAGUAUACCCAUAAUUGCACUUUCUUUUGUUUAUCAGAAUGUUGUACCUGUUCUCUGUACAAAUCUUGAAGGGGACCUGUCAAAAGUAAGGAGCGCUAUCGUUUUUGGGACAGCAAUUCCCCUUGCUCUAUUUCUUGUUUGGGAUGGAGUCAUUUUGGGAACAAUUACAACUCUUGGAACUGAAGCAGACAAGAUUGCGGAUCCACUACAACUAUUGCGGUCUACUAAUGGAAUUGUUGGGCCAAUAGUUGAUAUCUUUUCACUUCUGGCAAUUGCUACUUCUUACAUCGGAUUUGUCUUGGGCCUUGUGGACUUCCUUGCUGACUUGCUGAAACUCCCGUCAGGUCCUAACAGGCCUCUGCCAUACUUACUUACUUUGGUUCCUCCGCUGAUACUUUCACUGCUAGAUCCAGAGAUAUUCUUCAAAGCGUUGGAUUUUGCUGGAACCUAUGGAGUUUUGGUGCUUUUUGGACUUCUUCCAGCUGCAAUGUCCUGGUCAGACAGAUAUUCGGAAUCAACUCAAACUCCAAACUUACCUCCGUUGGUUCCCGGAGGAAAGAUCACCAUUUCACUUGUUUUCGGAGGUGCAGCAUUGGUCAUUCUUUCAGAAAUAGUAGAGAACUUUGCACAUACAUAGUUGUUGACAAUGGAGAUGAUUAUAUUUAUGCUGUAUCCGCUCGUCUCGUCUCGAGAUACCACAUUUCCCAGAUUGUUUCUACAAAUGCUAGCUAAUUUGCAGUGUAUGAAGUACUAUUUGUAUAUAUACUGGUGAAAUUGUUGAGACUCUGAUCAGGUAGAUAGAAACAACUAUGGAAUAAAGUUCUCAUAGAUUGGAUUCAUCAUGUUGUAUUCACUAAAAUUAUGAAAGAAAAUCAUUGUCAACUAUUUUGUUUU